AUAAAAAAAGGAAUGUGUCCACAACUAGACCUAUUCAAAAAAAAGAGGGUCGAAUAUAAAAUGUCUGAUCAUUAUUCUGAUGGAACAAUGCAAAGUCAAAAUUGACUGCAGAGAAAGAGGCUUUAAUCAAAGAGAAGAAAAGUAAACUAAAAUAUACUUAACUCUGUGUCAAACUUCUUCCAGGCAACAAUUAACAGCCAACUUUGAUUUGACGUUCUCCAAUAUUUCUUCAUCUCUUCAUUACAGUAAAGAUCCAAACGCCAAAAGAUGGUUGAUGCCUUUGUGUCAUUUGCAGUUCAAAAACUGGGGGAUUUCCUCAUACAGGAAGCUUCCCUGCGUUCAAGUCUCAGACAGGAUGUGCGGUGGCUGCGAAAUGAGCUGUUCUUCAUGCAGUCUUUCCUCAAAGAUGCAGAACAAAAGCAAGUUGUAGAUCAAAGAGUUCAGCAAUGGGUGUUUGAGAUCAACUCUGUUGCUAAUGAUGCCGUUGCUAUAUUGGAGACUUAUAGCUUAGGGGCUAGUAAAGGUAACGAUGCUAGAUUUGCUAGUCGUCUGAAGGCAACUUGCAUCUGCAGGAAGGAGACAAAAUUCUACAACGUCAGCAAGGAGAUCCAAUCACUAAAGCAUCGAAUCAUGGAUAUCUCUCGCAAACGAGAGACUUAUGGUAUUAGAGAUAUCAAUAAUGCAGGAGAAAGGCCAAGUAAUCCCCCAAACAAUCAGUCUGACAUGGUUAGAACAUUGAGGAGAACUACCUCAUAUGUGGAUGAUGACCAGGAUAACAUUUUUGUUGGCUAUCAGGAUGUUGUAGAAACAUUGCUAGCUGAACUUCUCAAACCAGAGCCCCGCCGAAGCGUCAUCUCCAUUUAUGGUAUGGGCGGAUUAGGUAAGACCACUCUUGCGAGAAACCUAUACAUCAGUCCUAAUAUAGUCAAUAGAUUCCAUACGCGAGCUUGGAUAUGUGUUUCUCAAGAGUACAACACCAUGGAUCUCCUUAGGAAUAUCAUAAAAUCCAUCAAAGGUUGCACCAAGGAAACUCUAGAUUUGUUGGAAAAGAUGAUGGAAAGAGAUCUAGAAAUUUACCUUCGUGAUCUUUUAAAAGAACCCAAAUACCUUGUGGUGGUCGAUGAUUUAUGGCAUAGAGAAGCAUGGGAAAGUCUAAAACGAGCAUUUCCAGACAGCAAGAAUGGCAGCAGAGUUGUUAUUACCACGCGCAAAGAAGAUUUCCUGAGCCAAGAAGAAAGUUGGGAUCUCUUUUGUAGGAAACUACUAGAUGUUAAGGCAAUGGUCUCAGCAAUGGAAAGGUUAGCUAAGGAUAUGGUGGACAGGUGUGGAGGUUUACCUCUUGCAAUUGUUGUAUUAAGCGGACUACUUUCACAUAAAAGGGGGUUAGAAGAAUGGCAAAAGGUGAUGGACCGUCUUUGGCAGAACAUUAAAGACGACUCUAUUGAAGUCUCUUACAUACUAUCAUUGAGCUACAACGAUUUGUCAACUACACUCAAGCAGUGUUUCCUGUACCUUGGUAUGUUUCCAGAAGAUCAUGUGGUCCAUGCUGAUCACAUACUAAGGUUGUGGAUGGCCGAGGGCUUCAUACCAAGAGGAGAAGAAAGAAUGGAGGAUGUCGCUGAAGGCUUCUUGAAUGAGCUGAUAAGAAGAAGCUUGGUUCAAGUGGCUGGAACAGUUUGGGAAAAAGUUACUGGAUGUAGGGUUCAUGAUUUACUUCGUGAUCUUGCCAUACAAAAGGCAUUGGAGGUAAACUUCUUUGACAUUUAUGAUCCAAGAAACCACUUCAUAUCCUCCUUAUGUAUCAGACAUACCAUUCAUGAUCAAGGAGAAAAGUACCUCUCACUUGAUCUUUCUAACUUAAAGUUGAGGUCAAUUAUAUUUUUCAAUCCAUAUUUUAAUAGCAUGAGUCUUAUUAACUUCAGUAGUGUGUUCCAACAUCUAUAUGUGUUGUACUUGGAUAUUCGUGGUGGAACUAUACCUGAUGCCAUAGGAAGUUUGUGCCACCUCAAGUUCUUAAGCAUUAGAGGUAUCCAUUAUCUUCCCUCCUCCAUUGGCAAACUCAAGAAUUUACAGACACUUCAUGUCAAUAACUAUGGAUUCUCAUGCCAACUACCCCAUGAGAUAGCUGACCUAAUAAAUCUAACACAUUUAGCUGCUCCUUAUUCAAAACCUCUGAAACAUAUAAGAAAACUCACAAGUCUUCAAGUUCUUCAUGGUGUUUGUUGUGAUCAGUGGAAAGAUGUUGACCCUGCUGAUUUAGUCAACCUUCGAGAAUUAAGCAUGCAUGAUAUUACCAAAACUUACUCCCUAAACAACAUUACCAGCUUGAAAAACCUUAGUACUCUCAGAUUAUUGUGUUAUGCUGAUGAAUCAUUCCCAGCCCUUGAAUUUCUUAAUUCUUGUCAAAAGCUCCAGAAAUUGAGGUUAGAUGGGAGAAUAGAGAAACUGCCUCUGUUUCCAAAUUCCAUCACAAUGAUGGAUCUUUGGGACUCAGAACUCAUGGAAGAUCCGAUGCCUAUUCUGGGAAUGUUGCCAAACCUAAGGAAUCUCUAUUUAGUAGCAGCUUAUGAAGGAAAAGAAAUAAUAUGCAGUGAUAACAGCUUCAGUCAACUAGAGUUCCUUCGUCUUGAUAGUCUUGAGAAGCUAGAAAGAUGGCAUUUAUCCACAAGUGCCAUGCCUCUCAUUAAAGGUCUUGGUAUCCAUAGUUGUCCAAAGUUGAACAAGAUUCCUCAGAGAAUGAAAGAAAUGAAGAUGUUGAAGAGAAGUUACAUGUGGUGA